GUGUGGGACAGGGCUCGCUCAGUUUGUACUCCCCCCAUGAGGCAGGGGAUGUGAGGCACAGCGCGAGCUCCCCAUGCCCUCCCUCCGGCUUUGCUGCUCUCCGUCCUCUCACUUUUGGGAGAAGGGGUGCCCAGAGGCUGGUGUGUCAGGUGGGCACGUGCAGGUGCACAUGAAGGUCCUCAGGGCAGGGGAGGACAGCGAACAUCCUCAGGGCAGCAGGUCCAGGUCCCCGUCAAGCUGGGAGCACCAGGCUCCGGCUAAGAAGCAUAAGGAGCAAAUGAAAUCAAACAGCGCUUAUCAGAGUAACACCACCUCCUUCUUCACCACGCUGAGUCCCAACAGACUCCUUGCUGGUACAGAGGCUUUGGUGCAGCUGUGCCCAGACAAGAGGAGGACAGGCACAGUGCUUGUCAAACCACUGCUGCUCCUCACAGAGGAAAAGCUUUCUGCCAAAAUGCCAGCUGCGAUGCCGUCCUAUCCUGCUGACCCAGGCUGGGGUUUUCACACCGUGAAUCUGCUGCUGUGACAUUACUGGACAAAACGCCCACUUCCCUGAGCAGAGGAAAUCUUGAUUUCCCAUCUUUGUUAUGGGCAAGGCAAGCACUGCAGGAAGGUGUCUAAUCAAGGGGCCUCUCUGUGUGUUGUACAGCGGUCCAGCCUCUGCUAGCUAGCAACCUUGUGCUGAGGCUGUGCUUUCCCGUGCAAGCCACUGAGCCAAGGCAAGGGGUGAAGCAGCGGGAGAAAGAGCAGAAGAUGUCCACAGGUCACUGAGGUUAAAGUAGCCAGGAGGACCUCGGGGUGGAGGGCGAUGAUCAUACAGACCGGACCCAUGCAUUUCAUCUCAGGUGUCUUCACAGUCUUGCGCAGCUCCAGAGAGGCACCCGGAUCCGGGGAGAUUUCUGGUAAUGGUGUCCCUUGGCACAGAGUUUUCCAAAGCCUUUCGGACCACCUGGGAUGAAGAUGGCCGCAGGCAAGAACCCUGGAGGUUUCCAGGGAAGACCUAUAGACGUUCUGGAUCUUCUCUGGUACAGACCAAAGGAAUGUGGAUUUUUCAAACCGUACUUUAAAAAUCAACUUACAGCACUAAAAAAUAAGAUGAUAAAGCUAGAUGCUAAUCUUUAUAUCAACUAGGUCACUCUAUGCCUGGAGCUCAUUUGCCUUGCAAAUACUCUAUUGUUACAUGAUGGGUCCCUCCCUACUCACUUAAAUGAUUAACUCCACCCCAAAAAAGAACUUCUGCUGAAACUGCUGGAGGAGAGACGGAUCCUGCCCCUGAAACCAUGGGCCCUGUCAGCUACUCAUCAGAGACCUAUGACUUGAGCCAGGUGGAGCUGAGCGGUUACUACGAAGACGAGAACACCACGCCUUCUUUGGAAGGCUACUUUUGCUUCAACCCAGCCUCAUCUGUGGUUGGCAACCAGAGAGACCCCUUCAGAAAGGUCUUCAUGCCCCUCAUCUAUCUGCUGAUGUUCGUGUUGGGGACUGUGGGCAAUGCCCUGGUCCUGGUCAUUUUAGAGCGGUUCAAGCGGUCUCGCACUACCACUGAAAACUUCCUUUUCCACCUCACCCUGGCCAACCUGGCACUGUUGCUCACCUUCCCCUUCAGUGUGGUGGAGAGCUUGGCUGGGUGGGUAUUUGGGAAGUUCCUCUGCAAGAUCCUCAGUGCUGUCCACAAGAUCAAUUUCUACUGCAGUAGCAUGCUGCUGGGGUGCAUCGCGGUGGACCGCUACCUGGCCAUCGUCUAUGCAAUCCACACCUACCGCAAACGCAGAGCUCGCUCCAUCCACCUCACCUGCACAGCUGUCUGGCUCUGCUCACUGCUUUUGACCUUACCCGAUCUCAUCUUCAUGGAAGUCUGGACAGAUGACAGCAACCGCAGCAUUUGCUAUUUUCCAGAGGUUGGGAUCGAUGGCAACAACGCCUGGCUGGCGACCCGCUUCCUCUACCACACCGUGGGCUUCUUUGUGCCCCUGCUAGUCAUGUGUUACUGCUACACGGCCAUUGUCCGGGCUCUGUGUCAGUCCCAGCGCCUGCAGAGGCAAAAAGCUGUCCGUGUGGCCAUCCUGGUCACAGGCGUCUUCCUGCUCUGCUGGAGCCCAUACCACAUCGUCAUCUUCCUGAACACACUUACCAAGCUAGAAGCCUUCACCAAGAACUGCCUCCUGGAAGACCAGCUGGACACGGCCAUCAUGGUGACAGAGGCCAUCGGCUUCACGCACUGCUGCCUCAACCCCAUCCUCUACGCCUUCAUUGGAGUCAAGUUCCGUAACGACUUCUUCCGAAUCCUGCAGGAGCUUGGCUGCAUAAGCCAGGAGACCCUGCAGGAGAUCCUGGAGGUGACGAGGAAGGGCAGCGGGAUUGAGUCUGACAACACCACCUCUAUCUCCACUUUCUAGCUGGGAAAGGCUGCCUGCAGGGCAGAACCGGUCUGGGGCUUGCCUUCCCAGUGGCACACGUGCUGUGGCCUCAGUCCCAAGUUUCACAAGUGUCCCCACCACUUCCUUCACUCCUCAGGAAACUGAGGUCCGAUAGCCACCGAACACCCAAAUCCCACCAGAUAUCUUCCCUGGCUCCUCCUGGUUCUCAUACCUGUAGAAAUCCGCCUGGCAGCUGUUGGUGAACACUGGCUGGCUGAUGGUCACUCUGGUGGGGCCGGAUGAACCUGAGUGGGUUGAACCCGACGUUUCCACCUCUCCCUUGAAAAACUGACUGCAGGCGUCCUGCGCACGGAGUCAGGCAUGAGACUGGGGUGCCAGGGGCAAGGAAAAAAGUGCAGCCAAGUAAAUGUGGAGUUGUGUCAGUGAGCGAGGACUGAGGACGAAAGCUAAGCAGGUCUCCAUUUCACUGGUACAGGUUGGUAGAGACAUGCCCGAAGGAAGCAGUGGGACUCACUGGCCACGGCAACUGGAAUGAGAGAUACAGGUAGGACCGCCGGGGGAGGCAGAGCUCGCUCCAAUAGCAGGCGCACAUGGUGCUGGACGGUCUCUGGCUGCAAUAUUACUCCUCCUGCUGCACAACGUAGCCCCGGCCAGCCACGGCAAGUUGAUCUUCCCAAGACGGCUCAUGCCAGGAGGUCCUGCCACGGACUGAAAGAUUUGACUGUCACAGAUUCCUUUCCUGACACCAGCCGCAUCCUUUCCAGCUCAUUUGAUCUGUUUUACUGCUGUUAAGAGUGCCAGCGAGUGACUGCUGAACUGAAUGCCUGACCAUGCAAAAGCUUUCCUUUAAGGAAGAAAGCUGUCUGUAGAGACGGCUUCUGUAUAGUGACUGGGCACGGGGGAGAUGAACCACACAGCUUUGUGAGGCUGAAGGUGUAACUUUUUUUUUUGCAGCUAGCUGUACAGCAAUUUGUGGGUUCUGAGAGCAAGGAGAGCCACUGCCCCCAAGUAAGGAAAAGAGCUCAUUUGCAAAAUUUCUGUUUGGUUUUAGCGGGCUGAAAGGGACCAUAGCGUUUUGCUUCACACUGUGCUUUCUGAUAUUUUUGCUCCACCUGCACCUAUGGGUCUUUCAGAGGUUUAGCACGUCUAGUUUUUACACAGAACAAACCUGGGCACUGAUCUUGCUCUGAACCACGAGUAUCCAGCAACUGCUCGGAUCAGGGCUGCUUGAUAACAAUUUGGCCCAAACUAAGAGCAGCGGCUUUCACCGUCAUUAAUGAUUGCACCGCAAGCUGGCAUGCAGGGCAGCCCUAGCAGACUCAGGCAGCCCACUGCUUCCCAGUGGGUUUUGUCAUAGUAUAACAUCGCAGCGCAUACACAGCAUUGCUCCAUUGCAUCUCCCUCGCCAGCUAAGCAGUGCUGUGGCCUGAACUGUAUGAGCGCCAUACGUACCAACUGCCACAGGAGCACAACCUUAAUCACGAGCACACUUUAAAAUCCACUCUACCAUUCACCUCGUUUUUUAAGUGAAGUCGGAACAAUGUCAGUUCUCCUGCUGCAGCAGGAAUUUUGUGCUAAAGUCACUUAUGAAGUUCAACCCACUAACAAAGGGCUCAGUUGCAGCUGAACUUCACCGUACCCAAGGGCCCUGCUAAAAAGACCAGUCAUUAUGGAAGGGGUCACAUUACAUCAGUCCAGCUCAGGCAGAGAUCUCGAUAGCUUGUUCUCAAAUUGUGACUCAAGGAGAAAACUCCCCAAGCAUAAGGCUUUUAUACAAAGAGCAGUCCACCAUUUCCUGCAGUGUUGCAUCUUCAAAGCUGAAACCUGCAGGUAAUGGCGACCGUAGUUGUCCAAGCAUGUACAUGCAGCAGAGGAAGAGCAGCUCUCUGAAGCCUGCCCUUGCUAUCUCCACGGUUGUACCGGUGCACAAACCCAUUGCAGACGCAUUGUAAACACCUCCCCAGCCCUGGUUCUGAUGGAAGCUGUAUUCCCCCACAAAAAUGUUACUGAAGAAAUGAACAGAGUGUAAAAUUCCUACAGCGUUCACAAUGUAAAAAGAAAAUCUGCAUGCAAAAUAAGAGUGAACAGAUUACACAUCUAUAGUUACUAUAGUUUUUAGUACCGGUAUGUUGGUAAACUUUUAGAAAGUUUUGAUGUGAGCUGUAAUAAAC